CGUUCGGCCGGGCGUGAAAGGAGGAGUUGCAGUUUUGCUUUCUAUAAUAAGCAGAGGAGGAAAAACCCACCGAAGCAUCAACUUUUGUUCUUACAUUGAGACUGUGAAGGGUGUGAUUGAAGGCACCGGCGAGAAAUGGCGAAGUUGCAGGUGAUCAGCUCUGCUGUAUUGCAGAAUAACAGCUAUAAAAGUCCUUCUUUUUGGUAUGGAAGUUGAAAAGGAACAGAAGCUCCUCGCACAGGUGGUGGCUGUGAUGUCUCGGAUGACACUUGAUUCUCCUUGCCUCUUAUCGACAUCGUACCUUUGGGAUUUAUUUUUCUUUCCUUUACUCAAGACUUGAGAAAGAGGACUCAAGAGAGUGUGAUAAAGUUGCUUCAAAAAUCAAACGCAUGCCAUAAUCAAAAACAAGCUUAUUUUAGGCAAAACUCAACAACACAAUGAAGAAAGCUGAAGGAGGAUCCGAAGAUAAGCAUAGAAGAAUUAGAGAAGCAAAAAGAUCCUAAAGAUUCUGGGUUUUUCUUUUUUAAAAAAAUUGAUCCUCCUACAAAGAAACUGCAGCAACAACAUCUGUUUUUGCAAGUUUGAGAAAGAAAAAAUGAUGCAACAAAACCAAAAUAUUCAGAUUUUACAUACGUAGUGCCUCAGCUCAUGUUAUAGCCUUUUCACGUCCUUCCCUGAGAAUUCAAGAUAGCAACAAUUUCUGUUAAUUCCUUUACAUAACUCCAAGCCACUCCAUAUUCCACAAGGAAAACCAUGGCAACCAAUGACUCAAACUACAAUGAAGAUGAGUUUUUGAAACAUUUCUAUGCCAUCAUGUACACAAUCAUCCUGGUUCCUGGGUUGAUUGGGAAUGUUUUGGCUCUCUGGGUCUUUUAUGGAUACAUGAAAGAAACUAAACGGGCCGUGAUUUUCAUGAUUAAUCUUGCAAUUGCAGAUUUGGCUCAAGUGUUAUCGUUGCCACUAAGGAUUUUUUAUUACCUGUCUAAAAGUUGGCACCUGGGGAAGGAACUUUGCAUGUUCUGCUUCUACCUCAAGUACGUCAACAUGUAUGCAAGUAUUUACUUUUUGGUUUGCAUCAGUGUGCGGAGAUUUCAGUUCCUCAUGCACCCUUUGAAGUUCAGUGACUGCAAACGCAUCUACGACAUGUACAUCUGCAUCGUUGGAUGGGUUGUGGUUUGUGUGGGCUGCUUACCUUUUCCCCUUCUACGACUCACCUCCAACGAGACUUGUGCCGACGAUAAAUGUUUUGUGGACCUGCCCUUGAAGACUGCAGAUGAACCUAUCUCAAUAGCAAUGAUGUCCCUAGGUGAGCUGGUUGGCUUUGUAACCCCACUGUUGAUCAUCUUGUAUUGUUCCUGGAAGACCAUCUUAUCUCUCCAAGAAAAGAAUUCUGUUUCCCAAGACCUUGGGGAGAAGCAGAAAGCCUUAAAGAUGAUCCUGACUUGUGCCAUUGUCUUUUUAAUUUGCUUUGGUCCUUAUCACAUCAGCUUCCCUUUGAAUUACUUGGUCAAGUCCCAAACGAUAGAAGAUUCCUAUGCCCGAAAGGUUAUUUUGGUCUUCCACGCAAUUGCCUUGUGCCUUGCCAGUUUAAAUUCAUGUCUCGACCCUAUAAUUUAUUACUUUACUACAGAUGAGUUUCGAAGGAGGCUUUCAAGGCAAGAUUUACAGGACAGUAUUCAAUUUCAUAACAUGCACUGUGGACGUGCAAAGGAGCCAUCCGAAAUAAGUAUAGUUGGGUGAUUGAUAGGAAACUCAUAUUAUGGGGUUGUUGUUUUUUUGAUGCCAUGAUCACUUUGGAAAAGAUUUACUGUAGCUUGUCUUCAAUAUAGAUAUUGACCAUUACUAUGUCAAGUAGUCUAGAGAAACUGUGAAAGGAAGAAUGGAAGAAGUGAACCACUGAGAAGGAAAUUCACAAUCCAUGCAUAGAAGAUAUUUUGGGGAUAAAACUCAAAAUAAUGCUGUCUUAUUUAGUUUAACAUGGAAUAGAGAGACACUUUGGAUAGACUUUCAACAUUCUGUUAUGAUACCCUAUAACAAUAAACUAGGAUUCUAGGAAUCCUUGCUAGAUCUAUUCCUCAAUCUAGAUUAGUUAUCUCAAAGGGUUCUCAUCAAUCUUGAAAGACUGUCCAAGUUUCUCUCUGUCCCAUUUGUUACUAAAGAAAGUCAAGAGUUUACUUUGAAUUUGUUUCUCAUUCUUUUUUCUAUUUCUGGCUUGUGUAAUCUCUAGUCCAAAACUCUUGGUAACAGCUCACUCCUGCCUUCCUCCUUUGACAGCAUUCUCAUAGUUUAUACCUCAUUGACAUUAAAUCACUCACAUUAUUAUAAGGCUAAAUCUUCUUGAGGGAUAGUUGCAUGUGAGAUAGAAAAGAGACAGAGAUGAAAAGAGAGAAAAUAUAUGUUUCUUGAUCUCUCUCUUCAUCAGAGGUAUGAAGUAACGCACACUGUUUUUCUAGAGCUUUAAUUUUAUUUUAUUAAUGCCCAUAGUACUGUGAGCUGUUAAUUUAAAUGUCUCCGAAAUAAUUUAUAAAAUCCAUUUUUGUACUUUAAUAAAUUUGAUGUAUAUGAUAACGUGUGUGUAUGUAAAGUAUUAAAGAAUUAAAUUGGGAGACUAAGAUGGCCAUUUCGAGCUCAUUCUGCUCUCUUCAGUUAGCCACACCCUU